AUGACAAUGGAUAAACAGCUGGUAUGGGUGCGGGACCCAAACGAGGGGUUCCUGUUGGCUCGAAUUCAAGAGCUAAUGGGUGAAGAGGCCGAUGUGUUCCCAGUAGAUAACAAGUAUCCGAAACGCGUGUGCAACUUCGAUGAUAUAUUCCCGGCUGGAGACCCCACUAAGGAUGUCGAUGAUAAUUGCGAACUAAUGUUCCUCAACGAGGCGACGCUACUGAACAACAUGCUCACACGAUAUAAGAAGAAAAAGAUUUAUACGUACGUAGCAAAUAUUUUACUUGCCGUCAAUCCCUAUGAAGACAUUCCAGAUAUGUACUCCUCGAAUACAAUCAAACAGUAUCAAGGAAGGUCAUUGGGAGAACUACCGCCUCACGUUUUUGCUAUAGCUGACAAAGCAUUCCGUGAUAUGAAAUCACUCAAGCAAUCUCAGUCUAUAAUAGUGUCGGGUGAAUCCGGCGCCGGUAAAACUGAGUCUACCAAAUAUAUCCUGAAAUACCUUUGCGACCUGUGGGCUAAGGGCGCUGGCCCUGUUGAACAGAAGAUUCUAGAUGCCAAUCCAAUCCUCGAAGCUUUCGGUAACGCGAAGACAACACGUAACAACAACAGCUCACGUUUCGGCAAGUUCAUGGAAGUGCACUUCUCCAACAAAUACCAAGUGGUGGGUGGUCAUAUAUCCCACUAUUUGUUGGAGAAGUCCAGGAUUUGCACUCAGAGUGCAGAAGAGAGGAACUAUCACGUGUUCUACCUGCUGUGCGCGGGCGCGCCGCCGGAGCUGCGGGCUGCCUUGAAGAUCACCAAACCUGAUGAUUAUUUGUAUCUCAAGAAUGGAUGUACGCAAUAUUUCACUUCACCACAAUCCGAGAAGAAAAUAAGCGCUAGUCAAAAGAGCAAACAGCAGCAAGCCAAGGGCGGUCUCAGAGACCCCAUUUUGGAUGAUGUUGAAGAUUUUCAGAGAUUACACCAAGCGCUGUCCCGCGUGGGCCUGACGGAGGAGGAGAAGACGUCGGUGUACCGCACGGUGGCGGCGCUACUGCACCUCGGCAACGUGGAGUUCGAGGAGGAGGCGGGCGCGCGCGGCGGCGCCCGCGUGUGCGCGCGCGCCGAGCCCGCGCUGGGCGCCGCCGCCGCGCUGCUGGGCGUGGACGCGGCCGAGCUGCGCCUGGCGCUCGUCUCGCGCCUCAUGCAGAGCGCGCGCGGCGGCGUCAAGGGCACCGCCAUCAUGGUGCCGCUAAAGACGUACGAGGCGUGCAACGCGCGCGACGCGCUGGCCAAGGCGGUGUACAGCCGCCUGUUCGACUACAUCGUGCGCCGCAUCAACGACAGCAUCCCCUCCAGCGCCUCCGCCUACUACAUUGGAGUGCUCGAUAUUGCUGGCUUUGAAUACUUCCAACAAAACAGUUUCGAGCAGUUCUGCAUCAACUACUGCAAUGAGAAGCUGCAACAGUUCUUCAAUGAACGUAUCCUCAAGAACGAGCAAGAGCUGUACAAGCGGGAAGGGCUGAAUGUCCCCGAAAUAAGAUUUGUGGACAACCAGGAUUGCAUAGAUCUCAUCGAAAGUAAGAAUCACGGUAUCUUCCAUUUCUUGGACGAAGAAUCGAAACUGCCUAAGCCGGAGUUCGGUCAUUUCACGAACUCCGUACACCAGGAGCUCGGCAAUAACAAUGCAAGUUCCCGGCUGCAGGUGCCGCGCGCGUCGCGUCUGAAGGCGCACCGCACGCUGCGCGACCACGAGGGCUUCCUGCUGCGGCACUUCGCUGGCGCCGUCUGCUACAACACAAGUCAAUUCAUAGAGAAGAACAACGACGCCCUCCACGCCUCGCUCGAGUUCCUCAUACAGGAGUCUAACAACACGCUGGUGCAGCAGCUGUUCGAGAAUAUGGACAAUAACAACGCUAAAGGCAAACUGAACUUUAUAUCCGUGGGCGCUAAGUUCCAAAGUCAAUUGACUCAAUUGAUGGAAAAGCUGAAGGAAAACGGCACGAACUUCAUCCGCUGCAUCAAGCCCAACUCGCGCAUGGUGGGGCGCGCGCUGGAGCCGCCGCUGGUGCUGGCGCAGCUGCAGUGCAGCGGCACCACGGCCGUGCUCGCGCUCAUGGAGCACGGCUUCCCCUCGCGCGCGCCCUUCGCCGGCCUCCACCACAUGUACAAGGGCUAUCUGCCCCCCAAGCUCUGCAACCUCUCGCCCAAGCUCUUCUGUCAGGCAAUAGUGCACAGCCUGGGCCUCUCGGACAAGGACUACAAGUUCGGCGUGACGCGCGUGUUCUUCCGCCCCGGCAAGUACUCGGAGUUCGACAGCAUCAUGCGCUCGGAGCCCGACAGCCUGCGCGCCAUCGUGGGCGCCGUGCUCGCCUGGCUCGUCAAGAGCCGCUGGAGGAGAGGCAUAUUCUCCGUCGUUUCUAUUAUUAAAUUAAAGAACAAGAUUCUGUACCGCCGCAAAUGCCUGCUGAUCGUGCAGAAGAACGUUCGCGGCUACCUCGUGCGCCGCCAGCACCGCCCCAGGCUCCAGGGCAUUGCGAAGAUCAAGCUUUUAGAAAACAACUUAACUCAAAUGGACUCAGUUGUGUCCCAAUUGAAGAAGGAGAAGGAAAACGCUAAAAAGAAUAUAGAGAAUUUGAGGAAGUCCAUACAAAAUGCGUGUGUUACUAUUAAGGGCAAUGAAAAAAUAAGCCGCGAAGAAAUAGAUAAGUUGUACACAAAACUAACCAGGGAGGUGGAAAUGCAGAUGGGCGCGCUACAGAAAGCCAUGAUCGAUCAAAAGAACAGGGAUGAACAAGAAAGGCUGCGGAAAAUCGAAGCCGAGAUGCGCGCCGCGGAAGAGGCAAAACGAAAAGAGCAAGAAAGGAUAAAACAGGAAGAAGAAAAUCGUCGACUCAAAGCGGAGAUGGAGGCGCGUCGUAAAGCAGAGGAGGCGGAGCGGCUGCGGCUGGAGGCGCAGGACCGCGCCGCCGCGCUCGCGCUGCAGCGCCAGCUCGAGCAGGCCGCGCGCGCCGACCAGGAGAGCAGAGAGAGAUUGGAACAGGAGCGAAGAGAUCACGAGAUGGCAGUGCGGCUCGCCAAAGAAACAAACGGACACGUGGAGGGUUCGCCGCCGCAGUUGAGAAGCCACGCGGACCUCAACGGGGAGAAUAAGUUAAACAGGUCAGAACGCGUCAGGAUGCAGCAAGCGAUGCAGGGCAAGCAGAAGUAUGACCUCUCCAAGUGGAAGUACUCGGAGCUGCGCGACACUAUCAACACUUCUUGUGAUAUCGAACUGCUCGAGGCGUGCCGGCACGAGUUCCACCGGCGCCUGAAGGUGUACCACGCGUGGAAGGCGCGCAACGCCCGCAAGAGCACGCUCGCCGAGCAGGAGCGGGCGCCGCAGUCCAUACUCGACGCUGCCAAGAGCCCGCGGCUGCCGCAGAAGGGCGACGUGCUGGGCGCGCGCCACCGCUACUUCCGCAUCCCGUUCGUGCGGCCCGGCGCCGACGCCGAGCGCCGCGGCUGGUGGUACGCUCACUUCGACGGCCAGUACGUGGCGCGCCAGAUGGAGCUGCACCCCGACAAGACGCCCGUGCUGCUGCAGGCCGGCGUGGACGACAUGCAGAUGUGCGAGCUGAGCCUGGAGGAGACGGGGCUGACGCGCAAGCGCGGCGCCGAGAUCCUCGAGCACGAGUUCGAGCGCGAGUGGGCGCGCCACGCCGGCCCACCCUACCGCGCGCGC